AUGUUCGGAAAAGACGGUGUACAUUUGAAGGGUCUCAGGGUGGGAGUGACAGGAGUUCUUUACAAACAACUCAAAAUAAGACAGAAAUCAGGAAAACUUUUACUUGCUUCUGUAGAUGAGUUCAAGACUUCAAAGGUACAACAAGAUUUACCAAAACUGACCUGUCAUGCAUGUCUUCAAACAUGCUUGACUGAUGCUUACAUUGGGUUACACAGUAUUCAAGCUUGCCAAAGUUGCGAAAUAAUGUGGCAACGCGACGUUAACGCGUCGAAAAAUAUAUUCAAGAUCUCAAGACAAGUGAUUGGUGGUCAUGGGCGUCCACGGGAGUUCACGAGAGAACAAUAGGUCUUGGUUUUUUUUUUAUAUCGCCGUCUCGUACACGGUUUCUCUUGUUAAAGAAGUUUAGAUAUUUACAGAUAUGCUGUAUCUAUUUCUUUUUUUUUUUCCUCCAGAAAAAAUCUAACAUUUUGUCUCAAUUUAAC